UUCCAGAAACGACCCUGAAAGAAACACAAAAAAAUCUUUCACCGACCCUCUCUCUCAUUAAACGCAAGCUCUUACCUUUCUGAAUAUAUUUUGGUGCUGAAAGAGAGCGUGAGAGAGCACAAAAAAAAAAAAAGAAGAUGGCCGCAGCAGGAGCAUUAGCAGCGCCGGGCCAACUUAACCUGACAGAAUCACCUUAUUGGGGUUCGAGAAGCGUUGAUUGUUUUGAGAAAUUAGAACAGAUUGGUGAAGGCACUUAUGGCCAGGUUUACAUGGCUAGAGAAAUAAAGACAGGUGAAAUAGUUGCUUUGAAGAAAAUAAGAAUGGACAAUGAGAGAGAAGGGUUUCCUAUAACAGCCAUACGGGAAAUCAAAAUUCUGAAGAAGCUACACCAUGAAAAUGUUAUUAAGCUGAAAGAGAUAGUGACAUCUCAAGGCCCUGAGAAAGAUGAUCAAGGAAAGCCAGGCAAGUGCUCUACUUUGCAUGUGCAUUGCCUAUCAAUUGAUGAUAACAAGUAUAAAGGUGGGAUAUACAUGGUUUUCGAAUACAUGGACCAUGAUUUGACAGGUCUUGCUGAUCGUCCUGGGAUUAGAUUUACAGUUCCACAGAUUAAGUGCUACAUGAGGCAGCUUCUAACAGGGCUGCACUAUUGUCACAUAAAUCAAGUGCUUCAUAGAGAUAUUAAAGGAUCUAAUCUUCUUAUUGACAAUGAGGGUAAUCUGAAGCUUGCUGAUUUUGGGCUUGCCCGAUCAUUCUCAAAUGAGCACCAAUCAAAUCUUACGAAUCGUGUUAUUACUCUAUGGUACAGGCCCCCAGAGUUGCUGCUUGGGUCGACGAAGUAUGGUCCAGCUGUUGAUAUGUGGUCUGUUGGUUGUAUCUUUGCUGAACUUCUGCAUGGAAAGCCAAUUUUCCCUGGGAAAGAUGAGCCUGAACAACUAAAUAAGAUUUUUGAGCUGUGUGGAGCUCCGGAUGAGGUUAACUGGCCUGGAGUUUCAAAGAUUCCUUGGUACAACAAUUUUAAGCCAACAAGGCCUAUGAAGAGACGUCUCAGAGAGGUUUUUAGACAUUUUGACCGCCAUGCCUUGGAGUUGCUGGAGAGGAUGCUGGCUCUUGAUCCUGCUCAGAGAAUUUCAGCCAAGGAUGCGCUUGAUGCUGAGUAUUUCUGGACUGACCCACCACCAUGUGACCCCAAGAGUUUACCAAAAUAUGAAUCAUCGCAUGAGUUUCAGACAAAGAAAAAGCGCCAGCAACAAAGACAGCAUGAAGAAAAUGCCAAAAGGCAAAAACUACAGCAUCCACAGCCGCAUUCCCGCCUUCUACCCGUUCAGCAGUCUGGGGCACGUCCCCAAAUGCGGACAGGGCCUAAUCAGUCCAUGCAUGGUUCUCAGCCCCCAGUUACAGGUCCCGGACAUUAUGGGAGGCCUCGUGGACCUCCAGUUGGUCCAGGUAGAUACCCUUCAGGUGGAACAAGUGGGGGAUACAACCACCCGAGUCAUGGUGGCCAAGGGGGAGGAGGUUAUGGCAGCGGUCCAUAUCCUCCACAAGGACGAGCCCCACCAUAUCCUUCCACUGGCAUGCCUGGUGGUGCUCCACGUGGAGGAGGAGGUAGUGGAUAUGGAGUUGGUGCUCCAAAUUAUCCUCAAGGUGGUCCAUACGGUGGCUCUGGUGCUGGGCGUGGCUCAAACAUGAUGGGAGGAAACCGCAACCAACAAUAUGGUUGGCAGCAGUAACUUGAGAUAUUUACCUUCGAAGAGUUGUGGGGAAUUACUGGCUGUAGGAAGAAUUUCCCAACGCAUCUGCAGAGCAAUCAGGGGAUGCAACUCUGGUGAAAAAAGAGUAGGCUACAAGCUUAGUUAGGGUAAAUGAUAAUGCAGAUUCUUAUUCUCAAAUGUAAACUGAGGAAUGUUCCGCUUUUUGGAAGGACAUGUUCCUGUAUUUAUAACUCCACAUGCGAUGGUUUGGCUGAAUAGUUGUCUGGUCUUUACUGUACUUGAUAUACGAUAUUUUAAUUCAAGAAUAACUUUAUUUUGAUGAUAA